AUGGACACCAUGAGCUCUAACAUGGGUUCCACCGCUCCAUUGCUGUGGCAGGAAGCCCGCAACUCGGAGGGCCGAGUCUAUUACUAUAAUGUGCAAACGAAGGCGACACAAUGGGCAAAACCAUUUGAGCUUAUGACUCCUUCGGAGCGCGCUUUGGCAAAUCAGCCGUGGAAAGAGUACACUGCUGAAGGCGGACGAAAGUAUUGGUAUAAUACUGAGACCAAAAAAAGCUCUUGGGAGAUGCCCGAUAUAUACAAGACUGCGCUUGCGCAAGCACAGGAUUCGUCGCCAAGGCAGCCACUGGGGCCUUCUGGUUUUGUCGCUGGCGGAAUAAUUAAUGUGCCUACAUAUCCGUCGCAACGUGAGCGUGUGGAUCAUGAACGGAAUCAUGGCGAUCGCCGAGCUAUGUACGGUGCAUCUGAUGCGAAUGGGGCUGUCGUCGGAGCCCAGCCAGCGGAACCAGAUUACCCUGCGUUUGAGGAUGCUGAGGCCGCUUUCAUGAAGCUUCUCAAGCGGCACGGUGUACAAGCGGAUUGGUCCUGGGAGCAAGCAAUACGCGCAGUGAUUAAAGAUCCUCAAUACCGUGCUCUAAAGGACCCACGUGAUAGGAAGGCCGCAUAUGAGAAGUAUGUAGCAGAGGUUCUGGCACAAGAAAAGGACCGUGCAAAAGAGAGAUUGACCAAAUUGAGGAUGGAUUUUGGUACUAUGUUGCGGAGACAUCCGGAAAUCACUCAUUUCAGCCGAUGGAAGACCAUACGCCCAAUCAUUCAAAGUGAAACUAUAUUCAGAUCGACGAGCGAUGAGAUUGAGCGGCGACAGUUCUACGAAGAGUAUAUUCUUGAGCUUAAAAGAAAUCAUUCCGAGAUGGAGGCCAAGAUGCGGAAGACUGCAAAAGAAGAUCUUGCCGAGAUUCUCCGUGUCUUGGAUUUAGAACCAUACACACGUUGGUCCGAGGCCCAGGAGCUUAUCCGGUCAAACGAAAGAGUCCAAAGUGAAACGCAAUUCCGAACUUUGACGCAAUCGGAUAUUCUUACGGCGUUUGAAAAUCAUAUUAAAUCACUGGAAAGGACAUUCAAUGACGCCAAACAACAGCUCAAAGCCAACAGAAGUAGGAGGGAGCGGCAAAAUAGGGAUAAGUUCGUGGGCCUGUUACAAGAUCUCAGACAUCAAGGGAAAAUCAAGGCUGGAAGCAAGUGGAUGGAUAUCUUCCCUUUUAUACAAGAGGAUGUACGAUACACGUCUAUGCUUGGCCAGCCCGGCUCUACUCCGUUGGAUUUGUUUUGGGACAUAGUAGAAGAGGAGGAAAGGUCCUUAAGAGGUCCACGAAACGAUAUCCUUGAUGUUUUGGAUGAUAAACGCUACGAACUGACUCUCAAAACAACCUUUGAAGAGUUUGCUUCCAUAAUGUUGACCGACCGUCGAACAGACAGGAUUGAUCAUGAAACCCUUAACCUUAUAUUUCAUCGUCUUCGCGACAAGGUACUUCGCAGAACGGAAGAUGAAAAGCAUGCUGCAAAUCGCCACCAACGUCGUGCCGUUGAUGCAUUGCGAUCAAGGAUCAGGCGUCUGGAUCCUCCCGUUCAUGCAUCUGAUACUUGGGAGCAAGUGAAGCAAAGAAUAGACAAGACAGAGGAGUAUCGUGCCGUUGAAUCCGAUGAAUUGCGAAUCUUGGCCUUUGAAAAGGUUGUUCGCCGUCUUAAAGAAAAAGAAGAGGAUGCCGAGAGAGAUCGUGACCGGGUGGCGAAACGGGAGUACUAUGAUCGUUUCGAUCGUUUAGAUCGCGGGGAACGGAGCCAUCGCAGUACCCAGUCUUAUCGAACUGAGAAGAGGGGCACUUCAAGCCGCUUGAGCCGUACUCCGGAACCGGAUGCCUAUGAGGCUGACCGCCGCAAGGCACAGGCGGAUCGUGAGAGAUCUUAUCGGAAAGCCAGCGGGCUCUCACCGUCUCCCGUGUCGCAUCGUGAUAGGGACAGAGAUCGGGGGCGAGAGAGAGAGAGAGAGAGGGAUUGGGACAGGGUGAGCAGUCGGCUCGUUAGUCAUUAUGAUCGUGAUCGCCGAGAUUGGGACGAAGAACGCGAAAGACUAUAUCCAAGUCGGGCGGAUCCAAGGAGUAGUCGCGAUGAGCUUGACUACGGCGUUGGAGACAUCACCCGUGGUGCACCGGGCCAAGUACUCAGCGAGCGACGGCGACGCCGUGAUAGUGAAACCGAAAGCGUGGGAAGUCGCGAUGCAAAGCGGUAUAGGCGAGAUGUCAGGGAUGCCGACCGGUUUAGGAGAGAAAAGGACCGAGAAAGACUACCCGCUAGAAGCCCACGCAAGGAUGACUCUGAUAAAGCAUCUUCUGGACCAUCAGCUCACAAGGAAACUGCGGCUGUGCAUUCAGGUAGCGAAGAAGGUGAAAUUGAAGAGGAUUGAGUGAUGGGUUAGUUAGCGGAGGGAAGGAAAUUAGACUAUAUGCUCUCCCCCCAAAGCUUCUAUUGCAACUCAACGACUAAUUGUACUCUCAAUACCUUUAUUAUGUAUGUAGUGGUGUCAGCCCGAGCAGAAAAUAUACUGUGGUAUCUCAGGA